CAGUCACUUUGAGCACCAAUUUCCAGCUUGCAAACAUGUAUAAAAGGACCGCACUUCCCCUUCUAGAACUAAGCUCUAUAUACUUACUUACAUUCAGCCCUCCACACAUUCAUACACUUACACAUCCACAUCUGCCACACCUACACACCUACAUUAAGAAGAUAUCCAUUAUAUCCACACCGAAGUAUCCCAAUACAGAAGAUCAAACAGUAUAUUCUGGCCUUAAAGCCUUCGAAAAUUUCAUACAAACACAUAUCGAGUCUAAAAACCGUUACCAUCGAUUAAUUUCAUUCCAAUAUUCGAAGAACCACAGAAGGAAUUACUAUAUUACGCGCCUUAGUAUUUUGCGAACCAGAAGUUAUGUCAGAUCAUGGCAUUGACAGCACCGUGGACGAACCGACCGCGUAUUGGGGCUACGGGGAGGUUCAUGAUGCUGAAACCGUGGAAAUGCACUUGUUGACAUCCGGGUUCCGAGAGGAAGAACUUCCUGUGCCUAGAGUUAAUAGGUCAUUGUAUGAUAUGGGACAUUGUGGAGGUUGCAAUGAAUGGGCGGAUCCCGGUGUGCCAAAUUGGAAAAUCGGGCACCUAAACGAUAAUAACAAGUGCAGACAAGCCUACCUGGAGGGGACCUGCGAAUAUGAGGGAGUACAGUCUUCACGAACUGGACAUCUCCCCAAUCGACCAGAAGAUGCUCCACAGUCUCAAUCACAACAAAUUCAUCCACAGCCCCAAUAUCCACGUGUCGAAUUUCAAACCGAAAAUUCCAUGAAACGGUACCUUUUAAAGGCCCAGCGUCAACUUCAACCAGGCGAGGCAAACGCUACUCCAAACUUCUCUAAGUACACCGAAGAACAACAAUAUCAACAGCCUGCACCCACUUAUCAGAGUAACCCCCCUCCACUAUUGCUAGAAACAACAGCCCAUACUGGCCAGCCGGGUGAGCAGUACGAUUUCCAGCAAUCGAAUGCGUCGUUUGUCACUUCAUACGCUGGUGAUACCUCUUUCGGGUCCAUACCUGCCCCUCACAUCCCUCUUUACAAUCCAGAUACACAAGAAUGGACCUCAUCACACCCCUCAGCAACAGGUAGCCAAUAUCAGCAUGAAGAUACUACCAAUAAUAGGCGUGGCAGUACUAGUGGUCAGCAUAGUAGCAGCAGUGAACGCCGAGCCGGCCAAUAGGGGUUAUGUAGCAGGUCUGAUGUCGUGAUAGGGAGUGCGAUACAUGUGGAAGUGUGGAUGGAACAUGCUGAAAUGUUCUCCUAUUACUCAAAAGUUUUUGAAUUUAUUUGUUUCCAUGUUUCCAUGUUUCGAUAUAGCUGCACCGAGCGCUGGUUCGCUUUACAUGGUCGUCUAUAAUCCAAAAAGGAGAGGAGAAUAUAGAAGCAGAUUAAAAAUCUAUAAAAAAAAAAGCCUGAUUUUACUUCUUAUAAUUGUAUGAAUCUUCAUAUUUAUCUGAGCUUCAAGUUUUUAAGCCUCAUCCUCUAACUUUUAUACAAACUAAUUCCAGUCACUCUUCCCUCACAUUCUUUACUAUUCAUCUAACGUCAACUCUGACUUCAAAUCCAACUUCACAACUUCAAUUCCUAUCCUCUAACUUCCAUUCCCUAAUGCUGA